AUGCUUUGCUGCCAUAUCUUGAAAGUUUUCAACCAACUUGGUGUUGAUGAAAUCCCAGCGCAGUACAUACUUAGGAGAUGGACACCUAUAGCAAUCCCCAGCGCACCCCCUGCUGUCGAAGAGCAACCUGAUGAGAUGCCACCACAGUCGAAAAAGGAACUCAGGCAUGCUAAUUUGAUGAUGGAUUUUGGUAGUCUUGCCCGGGUUGCUAGUGCGUCAGAUGCUGCAACGGAUAUUGUAAAGAAACAUAUGCAUGGUGCGCAUCAUGAAAUCAAAAAUCUCAACAUGUCAAAGAAGAAGAAAACGGCAGCACCAACAAGUGGGCCCUCUGGUGGUUCUGCACCACCAUCAGCUGAUGGUUCUGCGCCACAACCGAGUAACUCUCAGGCAACUGGUGGCCCUGCGGUGCGUCCUGAAGGGCCUGCACAAUCCCCUUCUGGAUCUAGACAACAGUGA